AUGGCACCCGGUAUUAUCCAUUAUUUCAAUAUCUUUUCCUCCUGGGUAUAUAAUGCCUUUGUUGCAACUGGCUUUUUUCAUUGGGAAUAUGGUUGCACCGGCCUCAUUUUUCAACUUUGCAUGAAUAAUCCUAAAGGCUGUCUGCGACAAAAGGACCCUAGCCGUGAGUACUUUGUUUUUAUGACCUUUUGUGUAGUUCAAAUCUACCUUCUUGCCGAGGUGACAAAUGAUAUCAAGGUCUAUGCUAAUCCGUCAGAUACCCGAACUUUGUGGAGCCUUAUUCCAGGUCACUCUUUAUUGCCUGUUGUUGAGGCGACCACUUUUGGUGAGGUGCAGGCGCCAACAACCACAACAUCUGUAACCGCAGUAUCAAUCACCAAAACAGUUCCAGAUGGUCCGCUUGGUGCUCGCUUGCCUGUGAGUCUAGUAUUACAACACCUUAUAAGUCGGGCACCGAGUGAAAUUCCGUCGUCGUACGCUACCGCUGGCUGGUCAAUUCAACAAUAUCUUAUUUGGCAGUUGGGUCCGUGUAAUCUACAGCAGCGGUUUCAGGCGUCGCCCAAUUUUCCUAUUACGACUACUGUAACAAACAGGGCCGGUGGUGAGAGUUCGAUAGAGACAAAACGCCAGGGAAGGGGCGCCAGUGAAGCUGAACGCUUAAUCUUUCUUCGGAACGGCUUGGCUGCUUACACUAAGGAGGCAAGUUGUGAACUAUUCUUAAUUUUAUAA